AUGUCGAACCGGUAUUCCACUUCACACCAAAAUAAGGACAUCGCGGAGCUCAUUUUGGCAGCAAAUAUUCUUCAUCUUGCUGCUGUCAAAUUCAUGCUUUUUUUACCGCCCACGAAAAAUGCAGAUGCACCAGUCGGCACCACAAACGCGAUAUCGGAAUUUCUUUUUUUGAUCACAUACACGUCCUUGAGUCUCUCGAAAUCAUCUCCGGACGUUCGCCGAUACGCUCUUGGAUCAGGGACGAAUACGGAGUCCUUCGGCUAUUGCCAUUCAGCAUCCAUCGUUCGUUCUUGGAAGUUGCUGUGGGCGGUCAUUCUGGUGGCCGUGCUCUCCGUGUGUCAUACAGAUGCAAAUCGUAAGAGAAGCAAACGUGCAAUAGAAAAUAACCCACAGUUCCAGGGAUACGUCUAUGAGACACCAUCUAAACCUUUUACUUUACCUCCUGUAGAGACACAGACAAGUAUAAUAUUGAGGCCAACCACGGCGACACUACCAUCAUAUACUUAUACAACUCCAAGGGUUCAGACAACGGUAAGAACAUCACCACCAAGAACAUCAACUUAUGUGGUGACACAAGGAUAUACAUAUACAACUCCGAAGACUCCAUUCCCAACGCCGCCUAGAACACAACCGCCACCACCAAGAACACCACCAUCGCCACCAAGAACAUCGACAUAUGUAACAGAUGGAUAUGAAUACACUACUCCAAAGGUUCCAUUCCCAACGCCACCAAAAACGCCACCACCUACAUAUACAACCCCGAGAACUCCAUUCCCGACACCGCCUAGAACACCACCACCACCACCAAGAACGCCACCACCACCACCACCACCACCAAGAACAUCAACACGUGUGACAGAUGGAUAUACAUAUACAACCCCAAGGACUCCAUUCCCAACACCGCCUAGAACACCACCACCACCGCCUAGAACACCGCCAUCAAGAAUACCACCACCUCCAGUAACAAGCGGAGGAUACGUUUAUACAAGUCCAAGUACAGAAUUUACAUUGCCACCGAGAACGCCGCCACCAAGAACGCCGCCACCAAGAACGCCGCCACCAAGAACUUUGCCGUCACCAACUCCUCCACCACGAACACAACCACCAUAUUUACCACCUGUAAAAACUCCACCACCAAGAACGCCGCCACCGUAUACUCCCCCUACACAAACUUUUCCACCAAGAACACCGCCACCAUACACAAGGCCCCCAUACAUACCUCCUCCGCAAACUCCUCCACCAAGAACACCUCCACCAUAUAUACCACCACCACAAACUCCACCACCAAGAACACCGCCACCAUAUACGAGGCCCCCAUAUACACCGCCUCCACAAACCCCUCCACCAAGAACGCCACCACCAUACACAAGGCCCCCAUACACACCACCCCCACAAACUCCUCCACCGAGAACACCGCCUCCAUACACACCGCCACCAAGAACCCUGCCACCACCAACUCCUCCACCGCGAACACCACCACCAUAUUUACCACCUGUGAAGACUCCACCACCAAGAACGCCGCCACCAUACACAAGACCCCCAUACACACCUCCUCCGCAAACUCCUCCACCGAGAACACCGCCACCGUAUAUACCACCACCACAAACUCCACCACCAAGAACACCGCCUCCGUAUACGAGGCCCCCAUAUACACCGCCUCUACAAACUCCACCGAGAACACAACCACCAUAUUUACCACCUGUGAAGACUCCACCACCAAGAACGCCGCCACCGUAUACUCCACCUUCACAAACUCCUCCACCAAGAACGCCGCCACCAUAUACAAGACCUCCAUACACACCGCCUCCACAAACUCCUCCACCGAGAACACCGCCGCCAUACAUACCACCUAUAAAGACUCCACCACCAAGAACGCCGCCACCGUAUACUCCACCACCACAAACUCUUCCACCAAGAACGCCGCCACCAUAUACAAGGCCUCCGUACACACCGCCUCCACAAACUCCUCCAUCGAGAACACAACCGCCGUAUUUACCACCUGUAAAGACUCCACCACCAAGAACACCGCCACCGUAUACUCCACCUCCACAAACUCCUCCACCAAGAACGCCGCCACCAUAUACAAGGCCUCCAUACAUACCGCCUCCACAAACUCCUCCACCGAGAACACCGCCGCCAUACAUACCGCCCCCACAAACUCCUCCAUCAAGAACACCACCAAGGACGCCACCACCUCCUCCUCCUCCACCUAAAACCGCACCUUCUUACUUGCCGCCACUUUCAACUAGACCUCCCUAUGUACCACCAAGGACAACAACACAAGGAGCUAUAGAAUACGAAGCUGGAUCAUUCGAAACUGAAUUUGGAAAGUAUUCUACGAAAACAUCUACUCGUUUUACUACGAGACCUACGCCUAGAAUUACUACACAAUAUAUUACGCGACCUAUUCCUGAAAUCAGUACACGAGUCACUGCCAAGCCAUCUACUUAUCUUCCGCCUUACUCUGAGCCAUCCACCAGAUAUACUCAAAGUAUACGCACGACGACUCCUUUUACGACCAGAUACACCCCAACCACAACCAGAUAUACCCCUACCACGACCAGAUAUACCCCUACCACUACGAGAUAUACUCCAUCUACAAGAACAUUUUCGAGUAUCACGUAUAGUCAGACCACGCCUGCCUAUUCACCGACUCGACCGCCACCGUAUCUUCCGCCGUCAACCCCAAGGCCAGUAUAUCCAACUAUCACGGCGCCACCACCACCCUCACCUAUUUACAGCAUUACACCCAGUACGCCAACUUUGCCGCCACCAACCGGAAGGCCUGCACCACCUCCAACUCUACCGCCUACAACACCCAGGCCAACUUUAGGAUACAAUUACCCGAUCCCCGACAUUCCAUUUGAUACUCGCAAACGAUGAAAGUGACAUGGACUGACAUGGGCAGCUUGCAGCGCGUUACCGAUUAACGAAAUCUUAAAUAUUAGUAUGAGUAAUAUUAAUAUUAGUAAAGAUUAUUUAAUGACCGAUAUAGGUAGCGCUGAAUCAUUCGCCAAACAUUUAGAGAGUAUCAUUUUUUUAUAUAUCAAUCAUUUUUAUCGCAAUGUUCUUUUUAAACAAGAAUUUAGUC